GCUGUUUAUAGGGGGUCUCCUGCAGUCCAGCCCCGCAGACCUGCGAGUACAAACAUCAGGACAACUUCAGCACAAACUUCUCUUCACAGUACGAGCUCUAAACAUUUGCCUCCAUACUCGGAUUUAGGAUUAAAGCGCCGUUGGAAGCUCGGGAUCAUGGAUGAUCUAGACGCAUUGCUUGCAGAUCUCGAGUCUUCCACCGCUCAUAUCUCCAAAUGCCCAGUGUUUCUGCCCGAAGAGACGCCGUAUUCCUACCCCACCGGAGGGCAUCUCUUUCAGGAUGACUCCCCCCCUCCACCCCUGCCUCCUCCACCCUCAGAUGAGGCACUGAACGGAUCUCACUCCCCACGGACAAACUCCCAGCACUCCUCACAACAGUCUUUGGGUUCUGCUCAUAAAAGCACACUGUCUCCAGACAGCAGUCCACCCGCCUCUCACAUCGAAGAAGACCACGUUUACAGUUUUCCUAACAAGCAAAAGCACUCGGACUCCUCAGCAGCAGCCAUGACUUCUGCUCUGGGCAGCAACUUAUCUGAACUGGACCGUCUGCUUUUGGAGCUCAAUGCUGUCCAGCAGAACGCCCCGUCAUUCUCUACUACAGAGGACGCAGCUCCUCCACUGCCACCCUGCAGUGUUGCCCACUACAUCCAAGAAAAUGGAACCCAUUCAGGUAUCAUACUGACUCCUGCAGUCCAGGACAAGCCUCAAAGGAACGGGACGAAGGGGACGGAAGAUGGACGUCCCACUGUGGAGAGUCUUCUGAACGAGCUGGAGAGCUCUGUGCCUUCCCCAAUGCCCAGCCCCUGUGCUUUGACUUGUGAUUUGAAGGACGGGCAGUUGGACAUGCCCUCAGAGCAGCAGGGCAGAAUAUCAGCCACCUCUGCGACACGAGAACUGGAUGAGCUCAUGGCAUGUCUGUCUGAUUUUAAGCCAAGCUCUUUGGGUUCCCUGAACUCUGAGCCACUGUUUGAACAAGCCACUACCAUUGCCGAAAUCCAUCCACCUCCUGUGUCGGCAGUGUCAAAACCUUUGACCCCUAUCCACCCAGCAGAACCAAGCCGGUGUUCCCCUUCUGUUAACUUUGAACUGCACAUUGAGGAAGAAUCUGGUGAAUCAAGGACUGCACCUCCACUGUCCUCUGGGUUCCCAAAGCCAUCCCCUUCUUUUAGAUCUGCAACAUCCAGUCCACAUUUUUAUCCGGUAUCUGAUCUAGACCUAGAUUCUAUCAUUGAUGUUUCUGCCUCCCUUCUCACCUCCCAGGUGGAGUCUCUAGUGGUCCUGUCCCAGACUGUAACCCCGACAACUACUAAUGUGCCUUUUACUGUACCUGGAGGACAUGAACUUUGCCCUGUAAAAGAGGGGAACUCCUCUGGGAAACUGACAAAUUGUGUCCUGAAGUCCUAUUCUACCAUGAAUAAAUCUCCUAGUCCAACAAGAGCAGCCAUCAGCAAAACUCCUGAAAGAUUUAGUCCUUUGGUGAGACCGGGAUCUGUGGAUCAGUAUUUAUCCAACGUUGAGCAAAAACCUUCAAUAUCAAGCCCAGUUCCAUCUAUUCCCAGAUCUGCAGCAUCUCCUUUUCCAAGAGUAUCAGAAUCACCAACUUUAUCACCUCUUUCCUUCUCCAAAGCAACUUCCCCCUUUCCCUUCCUUCACACAGGCUCAUCUCCCAGCCCAAAGCCAUUAUCAGACCAGCCCACUUUGUCUCAAAACCCCCUUACACCCACUAUGCUAGAAUCAGCUAAUUUUGAACCAUCCCUUGAUGAUGCUUUGGAUAAACUUCUAGCAAUGAGCUUCAGCAAGUCUGAGGUGGUGGAGUCUCCAAUCGCAGUCUCCGCAGGUCCACAGCUUACCUCGGAGGCGCAACCAGAGAUAUACGAAGAGACGAUAGUCGCGGUAGAUCGCAGUGAGAUUCUUCCUGACACAAACACUGAGAGUGAGUUAGGGGACGGGCUCCUGGAGGAUCAAUCGGACUGCAGGAGUGAUCUGGACUGGGCUGACAUGGAGUUGAAGAUGGUAUAUGACGGACCAGAUGGCUCCAUGACGCCCAUGACUGAGGCAAGUUGGAUGGAUGACUCUCUUACUCCAUCGUCUUGCCCUGGAACACCAGAUGCUCAGAUGGAUCUUUCAAUGGCGCAUUCGGUUGGCACAAUGGACAGGAUCUCAGCCUCUGGACAUCUUAAAUCAGUUAUUAGACGCACAAAGGAGACUCCCAACGUCCACCCUAUGUACCGGGAUGGCCUCAUACGUAGGAAGAUGGGCCCCAUUAUUUUCCAUAAGAGCAACUCCCAGGACCGGCUUAUUGAGGAACUGCAAGGCAAGCUGGGAAUUGGCCGCAAAGAGCGCAUAAAAAAGCAACAGUCAGAUGAUUGGCUAACAGAAGGUGUCAUUGUGAUGUCCAACCCUAAACGCUCAAGGGAAGACCACAACAGAGAGAUGGAUAAGAUAAUCAUACCCCCUGAUUCUCCUCUUCCCCAAAGAAAGGUGAUCCCACCUCCCCAAUCGCCCCCGGCCCCUCGUCCCCCUCCCCCUGUUGAGGAACCCAAACGUCCCCCUUUGAUCAAAGCAGUUCCUGCUCCUUUGCCUCCUCCCCCACCUCCUGCCCCUUCUCCACCUCCAAGAGAGCCCUCACCUCCCCCUCACCCUCCUCUGAUUCCACCUAGUCCCCCAACCCCUGCUCCUUUUAAAGUUCAAGCUCCCACCCCAAAGCCCAUUUCUGCACCCUUACCCAAACCUGUCUCCGCACCUGUCCCCGUGGCCCCGCCCAAAGUGUUGGUGUCAGUGGGCUGUCAGACGGAAUACAAUCCUCACUUCCCUCCAAUGCAGAUCAUGGCCCAGGGGAAGGCUCCACACACACAGGUCAAUAAACUGGACAACAUGCUGGGCAGUUUGCAGUCUGACCUUCAUAAGCUGGGAGUGCAGACAGUUGCUAAGGGAGUGUGUGGCGCCUGCUGCAAACCCAUUGUGGGCCAGGUGGUUACAGCCAUGGGACGCACAUGGCACCCAGAGCAUUUUGUAUGCACGCACUGUCAGGAGGAGAUCGGUUCCAGAAACUUCUUUGAGCGCGAAGGACAGCCGUACUGUGAGAGAGAUUACCAUCAUUUAUUCUCUCCACGCUGCUUCUACUGUAAUGGACCCAUACUGGAUAAAGUGGUGACGGCAUUAGACCGAACGUGGCACCCCGAACACUUCUUCUGUGCUCAGUGUGGAGCUUUCUUCGGCCCUGAAGGGUUUCACGAGAAGGAUGGUAAGGCAUACUGCCGUAAAGAUUAUUUCGAUCUCUUUGCUCCUAAAUGUGGCGGCUGUGCUCGUGCGAUUCUGGAGAACUACAUCUCUGCCCUCAGCUGCCUCUGGCAUCCAGAGUGUUUUGUGUGCAGGGAGUGUUUCACACCCUUCAUAAACGGCAGUUUCUUCGAGCAUGACGGGCAGCCAUACUGUGAGGUACAUUAUCACGCCCGCCGGGGGUCGCUGUGUUCCGGCUGUCAGAAACCCAUCACCGGUCGAUGCAUCACAGCCAUGGGCAAGAAGUUUCACCCCGAGCAUUUCGUCUGUGCCUUCUGCCUGAAGCAGCUGAACAAGGGAACCUUCAAAGAGCAGAACGACAAACCCUACUGCCAGGGCUGCUUCAUCAAGCUCUUCAGCUAGAAUCACAAAUCUGUGUGUGUGGUGCUUUAGAAAGCACAGUGUGUUCGUUGUAUUGUUCGAGUCUGUAUGUGUGUGGUGUUCAGGUUGAACGGGUGUCUGACUCUUGGCAUUUGCAGGUGGCUUUGCUGGUCAGGUUGUUUUUGAAAGGUAUUUCGAGAAAUGAUCAGGUAUAGAUAUUUCAGAAAGUCUGUGAAAAUGAGUACUGCUCACUGGUUGAGCUAGAGAGAAACUGACUGAAUAGUGGAGAGAUGAAAGUGAGGAUGAUAAGAGAUGUUUAUGAACACAAUCGGAAGAAUAAACACAGUGACUGUAAAAUAUUAUAUCCACUGAAACUGGACCCAAUAUUGAAUCUCACAGAGAAAUAUCUUGGUCAUAUUUCUCUCCAAAACCAAAAGAAAAAACAUAAUUCUAUGAAGGCAUAAACCUUGUGGGUUCUUGUGUGCCUUGUUUUGUAUUACAAAUGACACAAAGUAUACCAAAAGUUUAGAUUUGCAUACAAUUACAUGACAUGACAAGUUAUAAUAUAAAACUGAAGUUAUGAUUCUUCAUCGUAAAACUCGCGUUGACUCCUGAGCAGUCAACAUGCACUCUCUCUCUGUUUGAAAUCUGAUAUAUGUACAGUAACUUUAAAUGACAAGCUGACUUACAGCUGCCAUCUGGAACCAUGUAGCUCAAAAUAUUUCUGUACGGUUCAUCAAACAGGUCAGAAUUAUAUUUUAUUAAAGGAAUAUUCUGGUAUAACUUCAGCUUUAUGGAUGGCAAAUACGUACAAUCACAUUAUUUUGAAAGAUUAAAUAAAACAUUUAAAAAUGAAGUAUAAGGUAAGUGUGUCAGUAUCAAAGAGAUUGUGCAUGUUAUAUUUAAUGGCCCUGCCUCGAAAUAACUUUACAGAAUCAAUAAUUACAAAACUGAGAGAUGAGUUAAACUAUAGGCAGUACUUCAAAGAUGCUGUCAGUAAAGUUGAACUAUAUUUAACCCGAAACUCCCUUAACCAGCCAACUGUAAUGUUGGCAAAUUACUGUAUUUUGACAUUUUUAUGUUUAAGCCAGUUAUUUUCAAAAUAACCACUGAUAAGUACACAGUUAACCCAGAUAUUGUCUUUACUUAAAAAAAAUAAUGUAAACAUCACUAUAUUUUGAGUUUUGGACAUAUAUGCUUAAAAAAAUUUGUUCAUUUAACUUUUAAGCAUAUAACACACUGCAAUAUAUAUAUAGUAUUUUUG